GCAAGAAGUAUGGCCCAGUGUUUACAGUUUAUUUGGGGAUGGAGCCUGCUGUGGUGUUGAACGGCUAUGAGGCCAUCAAAGAAGUGCUGAUUGACCAAGGCAAUGACUUUUCUGCCAGGGCAAAAAUACCAUUGGCAGAUAAAGUCAUCAAAGGAGGAGGGAUAGUCUUCAGCAAUGGGAAGACAUGGAAGCAGCUCAGGCAAUUUGCCCUGACCACGCUCCGCAACUUUGGGAUGGGGAAGAGGAGCAUUGAGGAGAGGAUCCAAACGGAAGCUCAAUUUCUCCUGGAAAAAUUCCAUGACACAAAGGGCCAACCCUUUGACCCACACUACCUCAUGAUCAAUGCUGUCUCCAGUGUCAUCGGUUCCGUCAUCUUUGGAAAGCACUAUGGAUACAAUGACAAGAUGUUUCAAACCUUCACCACACUGAUUGUUGAAUCCAUUGAUGGUUUGACCUCUGUCUGGGGACAGCUUUUCAAUACCUUCCCUGCCUUCAUGGAAUGGGUUCCAGGGCCCCAUCACCACGUGAUAGUAAAAUAUGUCAAAUGCAGAGAAUUCAUUUUAGAGGAAGCCAAGGAGCACAGGGCUACUCUGGACCCCAACUCACCUCGGGAUUUCAUCGACUGCUUCUUAAUCAAAAUGGAUCAGGAGAAACAUGAUGAGGCCUCUGAGUUCACCAUGGAGAACAUGGUUACCUGCUGUAUCGACUUGUUUGGCGCAGGAACAGAAACAACCAGCUCCACACUCAAGUAUGGGCUCUUGCUCCUCCAGAAGUACCCAGAGAUUGAAGAGAAAGUGCAUGAAGAGAUUGACCGGGUGGUUGGCCACUCCCGGAUGCCCAGCAUGGCUGACCGCAGACAGAUGCCCUACACAGAUGCCGUCAUCCAUGAGAUCCAGAGGUUCAUCUCUCUUCUUUCAUUGUCCCUACCCCAUGCCGUGGUCAAAGACACACCAUUCAGAGGAUACAUCAUCCCAAAAGGCACCACAGUCAUUCCUGUUCUGACCUCGGUGCUGUAUGACAGCAAGGAAUUUCCUAACCCUACAGAGUUUGACCCAGGACACUUCUUGAAUGAAGAUGGGACCUUCAGGAAGAGCGACUACUUCAUGCCCUUUUCAGCAGGCAAACGGGUGUGUGCAGGAGAAAGCAUGGCCCAUAUGGAGCUCUUCUUGUUCUUCACCUCCAUCCUCCAGAACUUCAAGCUGAAACCCAUCACAGACCCCAAGGACAUUGAUCUCACACCUCUGGAGAAGCCUGUGAACAGAUUCCCCCGGCGCUAUGAGUUCUGUGUUAUCCCUCGCUGAAAAGCUCCUGUCUGGGGAAGAGAUGCCCUGGGAAAGCCAGAGACCACUGCACAAACUCAGCUUUCGCUUCUUUGUGAAACAACUAUCCUAGACCUUCUUUACAGAUGUCUGAAAGCAUUCCAGCCUCCACUGAAAACAUGAUUUUGUAUUAUAGCCGCAGGGGUCUAAGUGGGGUCUUUAAAAUCUGUAUCUGUAGAUGGGUUUAACUUGCUCAAUUUUUCAAUAUUCUUUUAACUUAGUUUCUGAUUUUGCAUGCUGACGUUCCAGACUAACAUAGCUAUAUCUUUGAAUUCCUCCAUCUAGACUUUUUUUAAUGCUUUGCUUUUCAAAACCAUUUUUGAAUCCUGUCAUGACUUUUCUAUGAUUCUAUGGUCAUAUGUGUGUGUAGUGAAGGAGCCUUAUGGCAGGAAUGUAUCAUCAGGAAACAAUAAAUGUUCAUUGGCCCAGCAUUGUGGAAAAGGGAAGUAAGCCUUUUCUCUCACUGUGUUACACGAAAUUAGUGUGAUUUAUGAUUCUGGAUACAAUUAACAUAUAAGCUUUUAUCUAUAUGUAAACACAGGAAAACCUUCCAGUUUUGACAAGCAGAUUAGUAAUGGCAUCACUUCUGUGCAUUAGCAAUAAAGGACCUUUGGAAAUAAAUCCCCUGCCCAACAUACCGGGUAGGAUAGUUGCAGCAGCAGGCGCUCUUUCCAUCUGCCACCAUGCCCAGGCUCCCUUGCCCCAUGAGACUCUGAGCAUUGAAUGCAUAGAUCUGCCCGAUCAAUCAGGAGCAAACCGGAUUGGUCCAAUGAGGGUGGACCUGACUGAAACCCUGUUUACUCAGUUCUGCUAGCCAGAGACAAAUUUUGGUGCUCUAGCUCCUCUGGCUCAAUUGCCUUUGUUGGGGAAAUCUCCCAAAAUAGCAGAGGAUCCAAUAAAUACAAACGGGAUCCUUAAUUGAGCAGUCAGCUCACAGCAAGCAGAAAAGUGAAGUGUUAUGGCUGCAAAAUAACGGGCUUAGGAGGCAAAGAUGCAAAGUUCAAACUUAAAAUUACAAAAAGGUUUAUUGAAAAAUAAGAACUACAUUUCUUGAUAGGAAACAAUUGGGUCUAAGCUUCUCUGCAAUUCUAUGACUUCUAAGUUCCAAAUGAAGAGGAAAAACCUCCAAACACACAGAAUAGAGAGAGGUCAGAAUGUAUGGAUGGAAAAAGCAGAAGUCUUAAGCAAAGGCAUGCAACCUGAAGGGUAUCCAUUCUACACCACC